AUGCUCAUCGGGCUUCCCUCCAACAACUCCAGAUCCAACUUGCACCGCUCUCUCACAAUGGCCGCGUUUCUCAGAGGAAAGCAGACAGGCAUGCAGACUGACCUGUCUGCCUCAAUCCUCCCUGAGCUCUUUGCUCCCGAUUACCAGUCCGCCUACGGCAUCAACUCGCAGGUCAGCUGCCUAGCUUACGACCCGAUCCAGUCGCUUCUCGCAAUCGCCACGAACGAGUCCAAAUUUGGCCCCGGCAAGAUCUUCGUCUUUGGCCAAAACCGAGUGAACAAGGUCAUCGAGCCGCCAAGGCACACAUCCUUCCGCUCUCUCCACUUCACCGCCAACAAACUAGUCUCCCUUGACGCCAAGAACGAGCUCGGAAUAUGGGAUCUUGAUACUGCGAAGCGCAUCGCCGGUCUGGUGUGCCCGGGUCACGUCGUCUCCCUCAUCACGGACCCCAUGCUCGACUGGGCCUUCCUCGGAUUGGCGACGGGAGAGGUCUUGGCGUAUGAUCUCGACAGGGAGGUUUUGACGAAAUCGUUCAGAUUGCCGAACUUUUGGAAAGAGAAGGACCCGAAAGCCCGAGUUGUUGGACUCGUCAGCAUCUCACUCCACCCGAGGGACAUCGGAAAACUGCUCAUCGCCUACACCACUGGAGUCGUUGUCUACUCUUUCAAGCAGAACAAGCCUACACAGUUCUUGGAGUAUAUUCUACAGCCAGGUGCGCCAGGUGGCGGAGGAGAACCGCCCGAUACGAUUCGGCGCCCAAGACUCUCACACGCCCUGUGGCAUCCCACCGGUACUUUCAUCAUGACGGCCCAUGAUGAUGGAAGCUUGGUGUUCUGGGACCCGAAGGAUGGCCGUGUCAUCAUGGCAAGGACCCUCGACGAGUUCAAGAUUGAUCAACCGUCACCAAAUGAGGGGCGCAUCGGGUUUAGGGAGCCAUACGUCAAGAUUGCUUGGUGCUGCAAGGAUAACCCUGACGACACCGGGCUGCUGAUUGCGGGUGGCCACAACCCGGAGACUCCGGAUAAGGGCCUCACUUUCAUCGAACUUGGACAGACACCAGUCUACGCGACUUCGACAUGGCAAGUCCUCGAGGAUCAUCUGCGCGGCAAGCGUCAGGUAAACCUGCAAACUCCUCCGGGAGCCCAGGUAUCUGACUUCCUCCUUAUCCCCCGCCUGUCGCCAUACUUCGCCGGAGCACAGGAUCCGAUUGCCGUCAUGACGUUGUUGUCAUCGGGCGAGCUCUUGACUAUGAGUUUUCCCUCAGGAUACCCCAUCAGCCCGACGAACCAACUCCAUCCUUCUGUUUCUUUCGUCCAUCCGUACGUCAACAGGUUCGCGGUUCAGACUUUGGAUCGAGGCCGUUGGUUGGGCAUGGUUGAGACGAGGAAUCAGGGUGAACCCCUUCUCAAGGGUGGUGCCCAAGCCUCGAAGCCAAGGCGCAGGUAUGAAGGUCGCACCAUCUUCCAGAUCGCUCAUGGCGACAGCACGGUGCGUCUCUGGGACUCUGGGCAUGACGAUGAGAUUGAAAACCCCAUGAUGCUCCAAGUCGACGUUGCAAGGUCUCUUGAUCGCUACCAAGAUAUCGACAUCACCGCCAUGCACAUGUCACCUAACACCGGCGAGUUCGCCGUGGGCACACGAACCGGCGAGAUGAUCAUCUACAGAUGGGCUGGCAACAGGUUCUUUGGGAAGGAUCACCAUGAGGAUUUGGCGCCUAACCCAGGCGGCCUGACAGACAUCAGUUCUAGAGCGGAGCCCUCUUUGAAGGAGGGUCUGCAGCCCUGGCAACUGUAUGAGAUGAUGCAGGGCCCUAUCUCUGCCGUCAGUGUCUCCGAUGUUGGCUUCGUCGGUGUCGGCUCGGAAGGUGGCUUUUUCAGUCUCAUUGAUUUGCGCGGCCCGUCAGUGAUUUAUCAGAUGUCGAUGGCCGAAUUUGCCAAGACCGAAAAGAGGACUUCCUUCCUGAAGGGCCACAGCCAGUCCAGCGGAAAGGAAUGGCCUGUUGUCAUCGAGUUCAGCGUCAUGACGCUUGAGGGCGACAACUACUCGAGCAUCUGCUGUUUCGUGGGAACGAACACAGGCAGAGUUGCAACAUUCAAGAUUCUGCCCUCUGGCAACAGUUAUUCCGUCAAGCUCGCUGGGGCUCAGCAGUUUGAUGGCAAGGUCAUUGCCCUCUGCCCGAUCAUGGCGGACUCUGGAAAGCCUGCAUUCGCGACCGGUCCUAUUGUUGCUGGACUAAGGAACGGUCAGCAAGUGAACGGCGUCCUAAUUGCUGUCACACAAACCGAGAUUCGCAUCUUCAAGCCCGCCGGGGCGAAGGGUGCUUCGAAGUCCUUUGAUGACAUGCUUUGCGACGCGGCAAACGUCACCGAGUUUGAGUUGCACGGCUUCGCCAUUGUCGCCGUCUUUGGCGAUAGAACAACCCGCGCAUUCUCCAUCCCUGGCCUCAAGGAGAUCGGCAAGGCCCCGCUUCCGAUGCUUGACAGCAGUCGCAGCACUGCAUCUGUCGUGACACAGUCUGGCGAUGUCUUUGGCUGGACUGGACCCAGCGAGAUCGCCCAGCUGUCUGUUUGGGGCACCGGAAGGGACCUCCAGGUCAGCCCCGACAUUCUCAUCAACCCCGACCUCAUCACCCCGCCGCGUCCUACCAUCUCGAACAUGCAAUGGCUAUCGGGCACCCAGUACAUCUCCCCGACGGAUCUCGACCUUCUCAUCGCCCCUGAUCGCCCUCCCAGCAGGCGCAUGGUUCAGGCAGCGGCUAUGGAAGCCAGAGCGGCGCGGUCAGGCCAAGCAGCCCCCGCUGCAGGCGGUAGUCAGGAGGGCUGGGGCGACUACUUGACGAGGCAGCUCAACGAGCGCACCGAGAAGCUCAACAUCAUGAGCGACAACAUGGAUAACCUGCAGAACCAGAGUGCAGGAUGGGCGGAUGAUGUCGGCAAGUACAUCAACAAGCAGAAACGGAAUGUGGUCCUGGGAGGACUGAAGAGCAAGUUCUUUUGA